AUGCCUUCUAGAAUAGGUGUGAAGAGAUUUGGAAUCCUAGGGAAGCUGAGUCUAAGAUUUGUGGGAACAUUUGAGAUACUUCAACGUGUUGGCGAAGUAGCUUAUGGAAUUGAUUUACUGCCUUCUUUAGCUAGAGUCCAUAAUGUGUUUCAUGUAUCUAUGCUAAGAAAAUUCAUUCGAGAUCUAGUUCAAGCUAUAGGACUAGAACCAAGUGAGCUGAAGGAAGACUUAACAUAUAAAGAGCAGCCAAAAUGUGUUGUGGACAAAAAGGAACAAGUGCUCAGGCUUCAGUUGAAGAAUCAUUUAGAAAGAGAUGCAAAUUGGGAGCUUGAAGAGGAAAUGCGUCAAAAGUAUCCUUAA